AAUCUAAAAAGCCACCUUUUGCAUUCUGGCAGUGGUAGAACACAAGAACGGCUGUUGCAGCAAGCGUGAGAAGACAUUUUAGUUGGUGAGGGCAGCCAGUGAAUAGCCGAGUUACACACACAUAUAUAAAAACUAGUAUAUAUAUCUUAUCUGCUGUUUAAAAGCAAAGAGGGGGUGUAGGAGGGAAGGAAGGGUUAUGUGCAAGAGGGGGAGUGACUGAGGAGUGCCUAUGUGCGCGCGUGAGGAAGCGCUGUAGGAAUCCAGCUCCGGAGGCAAAGGACGGCGCUCUCCAUCCACCGUUUGACGAACUGUGGGGGGAACUAGAGGCAAGGAAGGCGCGUUUUCCGCACAGUCCCGCUGUUUUUAGCCCGCCUUUCCUUUCUCGAUUGGGCACAGAGUCCUUCCCUCCAUCCAUCCCUGUCUGGUCGGUCCCAACAACGCCCGAGGCGGGAGCAGCAGACUGACUACCAAAAGCUGAGCGUGAGAAUCAACCUGGUUUGUGACCAUCUGUUUGCACUCUGAUUUUCUGACUUCCAAGAGCAGAACCCUUUUUGGCAUUUGCAUGUGACUACAAGAAAACCGCGAAGGCUGUGGCUUAGGAAGACUGUGGCUUGGAUUUACAUCAACACUGUAUGGUGCAGGCUUACAUGAGAGUGACUAAGCAUGCAGUGACAUUUAAGAAUCAGAAACAUGAAUGAGAUGCUGCAAAAGAAAGAGGCGAAGCACUGAAGCUGACAUUCAGGCUUGAAAAGUUUUUCCUAGCUUGAAGAUCUUAUUCAAAUCCAUUAAGAGAUGGCAGAAAUCAGCCCACAAGCAAACAUCAAAGAAAAGAUCAAUGCAGUGCGUUCAAUAGUUCCUAACAAAAGCAACAAUGAAAUAGUGCUGGUGCUACAGCAGUUUGAUAACAACGUAGACAAGGCUGUACAAGCUUUUAUGGACGGCAGUGCACUUCAAGUUCUCAAAGAAUGGAAUAUGACAGGGAAAAAGAAGAAUAGCAAAAGAAAAAGAAGCAAAUCUAAACAGCAUUACCGUAGCAAAGAUAUGAAAGAUAAAGAUGAUGGGGCCGAAAAAGUGUCUCUGGAAUCCCAAGAGCUAAAUGGCUGCCAUCUGAAUGGCUGUGAUAAGGAUACUUUUCCCAGCAAACCUGCCAGUGAAAAAUCAAAAGUAAUUUCUCUGGAAGAGAAGAGCUUAGAAUACAAGGACAUGGGAGAGACAAAAUCAGAAAUCACAGAUAAAAUGGCAGAACACAAGCAAAUAUCUACAGAAGCAGACCGAAAAUAUGUACAUAGUACAGAACUACCUGAUAUGUUUCAGUCCUCCCUCCAAAUCCAGUGUCCAAACCCAAGUAGACUGAAGGCAAAAACAUCUACUGUUAAAUCACCUAUCCCUGCAUCCCGUCUCGAGAUGAAACCAGAGGAUUCAAUGAAGAAAAGAGGUAGUCCAAAUAUUGAAAAAUCCGUAAAAGAUCUCCAACGCUGCACUGUUUCACUAACUAGAUACCGCAUGACGAUUAAAGAGGAGGUGGAUAAUUCUGUGAAGAAAAUCAAAGCUGCCUUUGCCGAAUUACAUAGCUGUAUCAUAGACAGAGAAGUAGCCUUGAUGGCAGAAGUUGACAAGGUGAAGGAAGAAGCCAUGGAAAUCUUGACUGCUCGUCAGAAAAAAGCUGAAGAAUUGAAGAGAUUAACUGAUUUAGCGAGUCAGAUGGCAGAGUCACAGUUGGCUGAACUCAGGGCUGAAAUUAAGCACUUUGUAAGUGAACGUAAAUAUGAUGAAGAACUGGGGAGAUCUGCCCGCUUUUCCUGUGACAUUGAGCAGUUGACGACUCAGAUUCAGCAGUGUGGAGAAAUUUCUCACCCAAAGAACAAUUACUCCUCAAGAACACCAUCCAGCACACUGCUGCAGUCAGCAACUUUGCACACAGUAGCCAGCACACGAAGCCCAUACAUCCAAAAAUCUUCUAAUCGGGCCAAGACUCCUGAUGGUAAAGCAGCAGCGGUUAAGGUCUCCAGCCAAGUUGUUGCCAAUGCAACAGAAUCCUCUCCUCAGAACAUGGCAGCAAACAAACAGAAUGGGUCUUCUAGUCAGAGACGGAGAUUUAAUGCACAGUAUCACGGCAUUCGACUCAAUGGGUCCCUUAAGUCACAAAGUGCCAGCAAUGAAACCGAUCAGAAUACCUCCAAGGGUAACUCACGGCAUGACUACAGAAGACAGCAUCAUAACAGCUUUAGGCCAAAAAAUAAAGGUGCUGUUAAAAACCAAGAGCAGCCUACACCUACAAAAAGCAUGGAACAGCUAGCAUACCCAGAAAAGACACGUCGAAAGCAUCCUGUGCCAGGCCCCACAGAGCCCAGACCUCUAUGCAGCAAUAUUACAAGGGUUUCUCAGUGCAAUUUAUGCCCUCCAAUAGAAGCCUCCACAGAUGCCCCUGUCCUUUCCGUGCCAGCUGUGACUUUGGUGGCAUGAGAAGUGGGAGAAAGAGACUGGCAAAUGGAAUGCAUUUUCACCUGUGUUUCUCACUAAAGGUGCUUUUUGUUUUUUUUAAAUGCUGACAAAAAUAGCUUGUGAAAAAUACUACAAUCAUGGUAAAGCAGGGCUGCUCGGCUUCGUCCCUCCUGCAGAUGUUGGCCUACAACUCCCACCAUCCCUGACUACUGGCCACUGUGGCUGGGGAUGCUGGGAGCUGUAGUUCAAAGACAGCUGGAGGGCUGAAGUGGAGCAGCCCUGUGGGAAGCCAGACUUUCUGAAUUUUGUCUUAACUGUAAUAUAUGGUUUUGUACUUCGAAGGCUUUGCUCAGUAUACUCGUUUUUAUUUUUCUCAUAACAAUGCCGUUUUCAGCUAGCCAGUAUUUAGUAGAACCAUCAAAUUGGUGUUAAAAAACAAAUUGCAGGAGGAUGUCAAGAGAUACCAUGUGGUUGUUACUGUCCAAUUUGUCCUUUGUUAAAACAGUCAGUAUUAGGAAAUACAAAUACGACGACAUCCCAAUUGUUGGUCUGCAAUCAAAGUACUCGUGCUCAUAUACAAUUCUUCUUAACUAUUUCCAUAUUAAAUGGACCCUAAAUUGUUUGUACAGAGCCUCCUAGUUCUGUUUCAGUGUGACUAAUUUCAUAACCCAAAUGAUCUUCAAGAUCAGUCAUAAAUGCUAGCUAACAAAAUACAUAAUAAUAUCUUUCUGUCUUGUACUAUUUGUAUAAUAUUAUGUAAGAUGCUUGUUUCUUCAAUUUGGAAUUUAUAUAGAUAAUGCAGUCCAGUUUUCCAGCCUCGUGAGUCCUUUUUCUAUGACCGUUCGAUUUUGAUUUCGAUUAAAAAGAUGAUUCAGUCUCA